AUGGGGGAAGCUAGAAAAUUGGUUGAGGUUGCUACAAAGCAAAAUAAUGGAGACGGUGCACGUACUGAUUGUUUUAUACCUGGUUUUCCAUGCCCAUUCCCAAACAUUCCGGGCAUACCAAUGAUUCCAGGUGUUCCAAUCAUACCUGGAUGGCCUUGGACACCAGGUACGCCUUUAACUCCUAACCCGCCUAGUUCACCUGGAUGGCCUUUGAUACCAAGUCCGCCUUUAACUCCCCCGCUUAGUCCACCUUUUGUACCACCCAUCUCACCCCCCUCACCCCCGAAAUCCUCUAGUUCAUCUCUUGAAUGA